GGCCUUUUCCGGGCGAGAUUACCGGCGUGAGAACACGUUGUUGAAGCAAAAUAGAAAACUAACAGAAAAUGGGUUUUGGAGAUCUUAAAAAGAAAGAUGGCUUGUCAGCACUCAAUGCAUAUCUUGUGGACAAAAGCUAUAUUGAAGGAUAUCAACCUUCACAAGCCGAUGCUGUUGUGUUUGACGCCCUCAUUGGUCCUCCGCCGGCUGAUCUAGAAAACGCCCUCCGCUGGUAUAACCACAUUAAAUCUUAUGGUGCAGGAAGAUCAUCGUUCCCUGGUCAGAAGAAAGAUGUCUCCUCGUAUGGGUCAGCAGGAAAAGCCGCCCCCGCGGCAGGCGGUGAUGAUGACGAUGAUGAUGACAUUGAUCUCUUCGGCUCUGAUGACGAAGAUGCCAAGGCAGAGAGAGAGAAACGCCUUGCAGAAUAUGCAGCCAAAAAAGCCAAGAAACCAGCUGUAAUUGCAAAAAGCAGCCUCCUAAUAGAUGUCAAACCCUGGGAUGACGAAACAGACAUGAAAGCAUUAGAAGAGGCAGUACGCAGCAUUCAGGCAGAUGGACUUUUGUGGGGAGCAUCUAAACUUGUACCUGUUGGUUAUGGAAUCAAAAAACUUCAGAUCAAUGCAGUUAUUGAGGAUGAUAAGAUCAGCACAGACUUCCUAGAGGAAGAAAUUACAGGUUUUGAAGAUUUUGUACAGUCUAUGGACAUUGCUGCUUUUAACAAAAUUUAACAUCUGUGAAAAUAAAAACAAUAUUUAUAUAA